AUGGCUGCCGAGGGGAACGGGGCAGGCGAUGCUCGGUGCGACCCUGAGCAGGAAUCGACAGCUGACGCGCGAAUACUGGAGAGUCUGGGCUACAAACCUGUCUUGCAUCGAACGUUGAACCUUUUCCACAACUUUGCCACUACCUUUGCGGCCCUGUAUUUCGUCGGCGGCGUCCGAGUCACGUUUGCCACGGGCAUUGCCGCCGGCGGCAACCUCGCUUACUGCUUCGUGGCUACGUGCGUCUUUACUUUCAUGACGGCAGCUGUCAUUGCCGAAGUAUGCUCGUCGCUUCCCCUGGCCGGCUCCAUCUACCUGUGGGCAGCAGAGGCUGGCGGUCCACGCUUCGGGCGUGUGUUCGGCUUCGUUGUUGCGUGGUGGAGCACCACGGCCUGGACUACCUUUUGUGCGAGCAACUCUCAGGCGGCCGCCAACUACAUGCUCUCUGAAAUGGUAGUUUUCGACCUCGACUUCCCCUCCGACGCAUCCAACGUCAAGUUCCGAGCUGUCCAGUGGAUCACGACGGAAGUGCUGCUCGCCAUGGCCGCCAUUUGGAACCUCUUGCCUCCUCGGUAUUUCAAGUGGAUAUUCUAUCUGUCCACCUCGUCCGUCAUGCUGGACUUUUUGUUGAACAUGAUCUGGCUCCCUAUUGCCACCUCCAAGACAUUCGGCUUCCGCUCUGCGCACGACGCUUUCAUGACCACGUACAAUGGAACCGGAGCGCCGGCCGGUUGGAACUGGUGUCUGUCUUACCUAGCCACUGCGGGUGUCUUGAUUGGCUUCGACGCGUCUGGCCACGUUGCCGAAGAGACUCGGAACGCUAGCGUUGCGGCAGCUCGGGGAAUCUUCUGGAGCACAGUCGUCAGCGGAAUCGGCGGCUUUGCAGUUGUCAUCCUUUUCCUGUUCUGCGUGCCGCCAUCAGACGUAUUUUUUGGCUUUGGAGGAGCACAGCCAUUCGUGCCCUUGUAUGCGGCCAUCCUGGGUAACGGGCGACACAUCUUGAUGAAUGUCAUCUGCAUAGUCGCCCUUUGGUUUAACACCGCCAUUGCCGUCCUUGCCGCAUCACGACUCGUCUUUGCCGUUGCCCGCGACGGUGUCUUGCCAUUCUCCCCUUGGGUAUCCAGGGUGGUUGACGGACAGCCACGAAACGCAGUCAUAGUCGUCUGGGCCGUGGCGUCCAUCAUCACUUGCACGAUUCUGCCGUCGUCCGUGGACUUCACGUCCUUGGUGUCGGCCGCCGGAGUGCCGUCCGCCGCGGCGUAUGGACUCAUCUGCAUUGGCCGCCUGUUCCUCACGCCCAACACCUUUCCCAAGGCCGCCUGGAGCCUAGGGCGCCUCAGCAAGCCCCUGCAGGCCGUUUCUGUUGCAUGGAACGCGUGGGUGGUGGCUGUGCUUUACUCGCCGUAUGCCUUUCCUGUUUCGGCGGCGACGUUCAACUAUGCGCCCGUCAUCAUGGCCGUGGUGACCAUGUUUGCCGUGCUUUCGUGGUGGCUGAUUCCCGCAGAGCGGUGGCUGCCCAGCGAGCGGAUUCGACGGACGCUGAACGCGAGGGCGCCAGGCAGCCAGCAGCGUUUUUCAGCGCACCAAAUGGAUCGAAAUUAG